UCAAAAUAACACUUAACUUUAUGUUAACAGAUAUUUUAUCAAAUUAUAGUUAUAUAUUUUAAUUUUUUUUAGAAGAAGACUUAGAAAAAAAUAUAUUAAAUUUUUUUUAUCCUUCUGUUUAUAUUUAUAGACUUAUUAAGUUAAAUAAUGGAAAGUAAUGAAGAGUGUAUUUCAUUUGUGUUAGAUAAAAUAUAUUUUUUAGAGGAAAAUAUACAAAUAUUCUAUAAAUUUAACACUGUGUCUUUAAAGCCAAAGUAUAGUGAUUGGAUUGCUUUAUAUGAGUGUACUCAUAAUAUCAAUUUAGAAAAGUUUGUUGUUGUUGAAACUGAAUUGAUGAUUAAUUCACCAGCCAAAAAUGGUUUGUACUUCAUAACAUUUUAUGCAAAUCAAAUGAAGAAUAUUAGAUGUAACAUAGAAUAUCAAUUUAUCUACGGAAAUAAAUAUAAUGAGAUAAUUGGAAAAAGUCAACCUCUUCAUUUUAUUCACAAAAAUGAUUGCUCAUUGUGCUCUACAGCUAUUGCAUUAAAUCAAAAUUCAAAUAAAAUCAAUCAAUAUGAAUGUAUUUCACAGAUAUCUAUUGAUUCAUUAUUUAAAAAAAUUAUAUCAUUAGAAAAUGCACUUGAUAAUUGUAAAAAAAAGGAAUUAGAAUUUUUAUCAAUGAAUAAUCAUCUGAAUAAUAGAGUAAAUGAAUGUGAGGCUAUUGUGAAUAAAAUAAAUGAUACAUUAAAUAAUUUAUGCUAUACCAAUGAACCUGUUAGUAUUGAUGGAUCUAGAUGGAUGAAAUCAUGUUCUGAUUUUGAUCUGAAAAUGCAUUUUAUUCAAAGUCAAGAAUUUCAAAUACAAGAAUUGGCUAGCAAAAAUUCUUGUCUCAAAAAAAUGUUGGAAAAAAUUGAAGAGGAGCCAGUUUCGAUAAAUUCUAUGGUAAAUGUUGAAUGUGGGUCUAUUCAAGAACCUUCUGCUGCUACCAUUGUUUAUAUUUCUAGUGAUGACAGUGAUGAACCGUAAUAGAUCAUGUUUUUUCUUUUUAAUACAUAUUAUUUUAUUAAUAUACCAAAAAUAAUUAGUAUGUUGUUAAAUUUUUUUUAUGUGAAUUGUUAUCAAUAACAUUGACUAUUAUUAUUUUAAUACUUGAUUUUUUUCAUUGACACUAUAAAAUCUUAUAUUCAUCUCAAAUAUAUAUCAUAUUUUCUUCAUAUUUAUUUUAAAUAUAUAAGUUUUAAAAUGGAAAGAUAUUUAUUAAAAGAAACUAUGUUUUAAUGAUCUGUAUAAAAUCCAUUAACUUAUUGUCGAGAUUAGGAAGGAGACAUGAUGAAUUGUUAUUUGAUUUUUUUUAUUACAAAUAAAAAUCAAGAAUGAUUUCAAUUUCAAGAUUUCGCUAUAUUAAAAAAACAUUUAUCCAAAUAUUGUUAAUUUAUUGCUUAUAAAAUUAAAAUUAACAUUUCAGGUUUUACAUAAAUGUUUUUAUUGGAUUUGUUUUAAAUAAACUAAUAAUAUUACAAA